AUGCCCGAUAGCCACAACUUUGUAGGCGUGCUUCUUAGCAUCCUCCCAGUUAAGGACUUUCCUUUCUCUAUUGCAGGAGGGGGAGACUCGGCGCAUAUUUCUUUUCAGUCACCCGACAAGCUCUGUUGCGCAAAACUGAUCCUCCAGGGUCAGUGCCUCUUUUCGCAGCCAGAAUUAGAAAUCUACAACGUCUCUAUGGCUCUGCAAGGAGAGAGGCUUUGCGCUGGCAACUUACUAGAUCAAGAUGGAUCCUUGCCAGCUAAAGUUGUUGUAGCUGCCGCUCCACUACCUGAUAACCCUAAAGGUUAUGAUUGUUAUGGCUUUGCAGAUCUGCUCAAAUCUCUGGCUUCAAUGUCCCAGGCGAUUGUGGAUUGGUCCGCACAGAUGAGCAGUGAGGUCAAGUAUUCACUCCCAGACAUUCUCUCGGCUCCAACCUCACAGUCUAAACAGCUUCCCAUCUCACACCAAGCUAAGAUAGAGCUUUUAUCUUGCAAUGUACCGAAGAUCACUAAACGUCUCUGUCGGAGCUGUCGCGAAGUGUCCACUCUUAUUGACAGAGGGGCCAUUGAGGAACGAAUGCGGCAGUUCGUUGCACACUGCAAUGCUUGCACUCGCACAUCACUUAAGAUAAUGAAGCACUAUCAAGAUUCUAUUUCAGGCAGUCAAAAUACCCUCUUCUCAGCGUCUGGCGAAUCUUUACUAAUGCGUAGCAUAGUAGAGAAGCUGCAAGCACAGCUAUUCAUCUACCAAGCAAAGAUAAAGACCCUUAUGUCAUCUUCUGACGUUGGUAAUAACCUGUACAAUCCUCAGACUCUUGAAAGCUUACUCACACUUGUAUCAAGCUUCUACGAUGGUCAAGUUACACGCCAGGCAUUCAUCCCCUGA